CCGCGCAGCGCGCACAGGCACCACAUGAUCAAUGACAGUAGCUGACGUUUAUCCUGGAAGGGGAUCAACUUUUUGUUGAAUUUUAAGUAAAUAUGAAGUGUCAAUCUUUGAUUUGAUUGAUUUUCGCACAGGAAGGCUAAGAGGUUUUGUACGGAAAUGUUUUUUCCCCGGACAGAUGAGUCAGAGUUUCAUUGCACGGUUUAAUUUCAGUAGAAACGAAACCGAAACUAAACACUGUUUACGGUAGCUGUGACAGCUGUACGGUGAUCAUAGCUCUUUCAAACUUAGCAGUGGAGGUGACAAAAUGAGCAGCGAUCAAGAAAAUAUUGCUCUUAUUGAGUGCUUUAGGAACCGCUUACGAAGACUGAUUCUCGUGGAACCACUUCUGGGCCGUUUGCACUUUAUAAGUGAGGAUGACAAAGAGCUGAUUAGAGCUAAGUUAAACAACAAAGGAGACUUUCAAGCAGCAGACCUGCUCAUUGACACUAUCUUAAAAGGUCCACGGACUGACGGCUGGUUUAAAGAGUUGUUGGACGGUUUAGAAACAGUAGGCUGUAAGUAUGCUGCAAAAUACAUCAGGCACGAGCCUCCUUCCCCAUCUUUGGAAGCUGAAAACGACAAUUGUAUCAGGAUGGUACAGCUUCUUCAGUCGACCCUGGAAAAAAUGAAAACUCUAGAUGUCUGCCGUAGUUGUCACACACUGGACAUUUUGACAGACGAGGAUCUUCAGAAUAUUUCAGCAGAGACUGAGAAAUACGGCAAUAUUAGAGGUGCUCGACUGCUACUAAGAAGACUGUUAAAAAAUGAAGCGGGGUGGUAUUCCCUAUUCCUCAAAGCCUUACGCAAGACAGACCACCAAACAUUAGUGGAAGAGCUCAACGGAGAAGAUCUGGUAGAUGAAGAAGUGUCAAAUGGAAGUGGCAGCCCUCUAGCUCUCAAGGAUGAUAAAGAACUUACUGAACAGUGCAGAAAAUCAAGUAUUCCUAAUCAAAAGAGCCCUGCUAAAGAACCUACCUCAGGGCAGGGCUUUCCCAGCUAUCUGGAGUCUACCUGUGACAGUUUGUCAACUACAGCUGAUGGCACAGAACCUACCUCAGGGCAGGGCUUUCCCAGCUAUCUGGAGUCUACCUGUGACAGUUUGUCAACUACAGCUGAUGGCACAGAUGACAUCUACUCUGAUGACUUUUCUCAGGAUCCACCCAGCCAUGCAGGGGAUAGCAUGUAUUAUACCAUGGCAGACGGUGGUGAUGGGGGGUCCGUGGCAUCGAUGUCGUCCUCAGCGUCUGCCAGCGGAGGAGGUCCAGAGGAGGGCUCCUCCAACAGCUCAGACUCGGGCUCCAUCGUGCUGCGUGACUACCAGCUGGAGGUGGCGCGGCCGGCGCUGGAGGGCCGCAACGUCAUCAUCUGCCUGCCCACGGGCAGCGGCAAGACCCGGGUGGCCGUCUACAUCACCCAGCAUCACCUGGAGACCAGGACCAGGCUGGGCCUGCCAGCGAAGGUGGUGGUGCUGGUCAAUAAGAUUCCCCUGGUGGAGCAGCAUUACUCCAAUGAGUUCAGCAAGUACUUGAAGCACCAGUACAGAGUGGAGCGCGUGAGUGGCAACUCGCAGCUGAAGAUCUCCUUCCCCGAGGUCGCCAGGAAGAAUGACAUCAUCAUCUGCACGGCCCAGAUCCUUGAAAACUCUUUCGCCAACGCCAAGAAGGGAGGAGAGGACGGCAUUGCUCUCACAGACAUCACGCUGUUGGUGAUUGACGAGUGCCACCACACGCAGAAGGGCGGGGUGUACAACCACAUCAUGCUGCGCUACCUGCGCCAGAAGCACCGCAACCCCCUGCUGCGCAAGGAGGGCCGGGAGACGGUGCCCAUCCCCCAGGUGCUGGGCCUCACCGCCUCCCCGGGGGUCGGGGGAGCCAAGACGCAGCAGAAGGCAGAGGAGCACAUACUACGGAUCUGCGCUAACCUGGACGCUUGCACCAUCAUGACUAAGAAACUGGAGGAGGAGUCCAAGUCUCCGUUCAAAAGGAUCGCCAGCGCAAAUAAGAGGGCAGAGGAUCCUUUUGGAGAUGUCAUCAAGGGCAUCAUGGAGCAGAUUCAAGCCCAUGCCGGCCUCCACUCGAACUGCGACUUCGGAGCGCAGAACUAUGAGCAGUGGGUGGUCCUGACAGAGCAAAAAGCCGCUAAGGAGGAGAACACCAAAGAGCGUGUGUGCGCGGAGCACCUGCGGCAGUACAACGAGGCCCUGCACCAGAGCAACACCAUCCGCAUGUCGGACGCCUACAGCUUCCUGGACAAGUACUACAAGGAGGAGUGGAAGAAGAAGCACAACCCAGACGAGGACGAGGACAUUGAAAUCACAGACACAGAGAGAUUCCUCUUCAAAUUGUUUACAGACAAGAAGGAGAAGCUCCAAGAGUUGGCAAAGCAGACACAGUACGAGAACAAGAUUCUCUCUGAGCUGCGAAAGACCAUCCUAAAGGAGUUCACCAGCCUGGAGAAUGCCCGCGGCAUCAUCUUCACGCGGACCCGUCUCAGCGCCAUCGCCCUGAGCCAGUGGAUCCAGCAGAACCCCAAGUUCGAGGCGUGUGGCGUCCGUGCCAGCUACCUGAUUGGAGGAGGGGACCAGAGCCUCAUCAAGCCCAUGACAUCGGCCGAGCAGAAGGAUGUCCUGAACAAGUUCCGCCAUGGGGAGAUCAACCUCCUCAUCGCCACUACGGUGGCUGAGGAGGGUCUUGACAUCAAGGAGUGCAAUGUGGUCAUCCGCUACUGCCUGGUCACCAAUGAAAUCGCCAUGAUUCAAGCACGAGGCAGAGCGAGAGAUGCCAACAGCAGCUACACCUUGGUGGCGGAGGAGGGGUCUGGCGUGGCAGAGCGCGAAAGCGUCAACGAGUACCGCGAGAAGAUGAUGAGCAAGGCCAUCGACAGCGUGGUGAAGAUGAAACAGGUCAACUACGAGAAGAAAAUAAAAGAGUACCAGGUGCAGGCCAUGCUGGAGAAGAAGGUGCUGACGAAGAAGAAGAAGCAGAAGAGCAUGCAGAAGGAGGACCCCAGCAAGGUGCGCUUCAGCUGCAAGGGCUGCAACAAGAGCGUGUGCCUGGGGGAGGGCAUCAAGGUCAUCGAGAACAUGCACCAUGUCAACGUCACCCCGGGAUUCCGGGGCGCGAUUAUCGUAAGAGAAAACGCUUCACUUCAGGAGAGGCAGCUGGACUAUGAGGCCAACGGGACCAUAGCAUGCAAAGACUGUGGCCAUACGUUGGGGUCCAUGAUGUUGUACAAAGGCAUUGAGUGCCCCUGUCUUCACAUUAAGAACUUCGUGGUGACGUACAACGGCAAGAACAAGGUCUUCAACAAGUGGAGCGAGUUGGCCAUACGCUUUCCAGCCUUCGACUACUCGGAGCAUGCCAUGGACCUGGCCGUGGAUGGCAACUCCGAUGAGGAGGAGGAGGAGGAAGAGGAGACAGCGUGACCGUGACAAAUUGACACUGAGAUUGCUUUGAGAAGACAUCUCUCAUACUCUGAACUUUGUAAUAACACCAAAGGCAGAGCAAACGGCACUAAGAAAAAUCCUGAACUUCAACGUCCUGUAUACUGUAUUCCUGUACUCCAACGCCUGAGCUUCCGGACAAGUCACUAAUUACUCCUGCUCCUAUACAUGGGUUUCACGUUUGUAAACACCCCUGGCUGCGCACCCCUGGCUGCGCACUCUUCAACCUCUGAUUGUUGGAAACUGCUGUCGGUCAAAGCAUUUGCACGUGCCAGUGUCUUGCCCCUCCUCACAAUACCGUGUUUAUAAACAAACAAACAAAAACAUGUAUGUAUACCCUACCUUGUUGUUAAAUUGUGCUAAAUUACUGUCACCUGGUUUAGUGAAUUGUUUACAAUAAAUAUGUGGCAGGACUUUUACUUUCUGAGCUUGAGGUGUUAGCGCUGAAUUAUACACCGCAUCAAAUGUAGAUUGUGCUGAUACAAAAAGAGCCUGGAAUCAUUUAGUAACACAUAAUGCUCUGAAAGCUCUUUCAAUUUAACAAGUUGUCCCAAAUCUUGAACAUGGAACUUUAACAUUAAGAACCUCAACAAAUUCUUGUAGUUUUGGGUAGUGGCCUGACUAUCACAUAACACAACACUUCACUUAGUACAUGAAUACUUAAAAUCAACAAAGCAACUCUGAACUCAAUUCUCUGAACAUUGCCUGAUGUUGUCAUUCAGAGUCCUACACCUUGGGGAGUGGGUGGGUCAGCUUUUGUGCACUGCUGUUGACAUCACAGAAG